CACACGGCACGAGAGAACAUGAGCAAAAUUAAAGCCAGCGAAAAAGACAAAGCAGUCCACAACUCCAAACCAAUCCCGGAAUAAGGUUUUUAGCACAGUAAUCAUUUCCGGGCCUUCCCGCCGGUGACUUUCCCCGCUGCUUUCUCUCCUCCCGGUUUCCACAGUGAAUAGUAAAAAGGGCGUUUCCAACAUUCAGCGGAGUUGCAGAAAAUCUAGCCAUGUCGGAGAAAGGAGGAAAAGGGUUUUCUUUGCCUACUGGCAAAGCAGUAAAAUCUUCACUGAAAUCUACCCCUUCUACAAAGGAUGGUCUGCUUUUUCUUCGCUCUUUACUUUUCUUAACUUCUUCCUUGAAAGGGAAGGAUGAUAGCUCAACAAAGUCCAAGAAGGGGAGAAAAGUCCAGUUCGAUUCUGAAGGUUUGCAUGAACCCAAAUCCAACUUCUCGUCAAAAUUUGAUAACCCAGCUGCUGCCUCAGGGAAAGAUUGGGGCAAAGGGGGAAAAGGAGACAAGGUUGGAAAUGGCAGAAAGAAAGAACCACAGCCACUGGAGCUCAAAAUUGAGCAGGAACUGCCACAGAGUGCCAAAUGUCUGAUGGAUUGUGAGGCUGCGGAUAUAUUACAAGGAAUCCAGGAGCAAAUGAUCCUGUUGUCUAAAGAUCCUACUAUUAAAAUCCCUGUAUCAUUCGACAAAGGACUGCAGUACGCCAAAAGAACCAGCCACUAUACUAAUCCCCAAUCUGUCAGAAAAGUUCUUGAGACUCUCACAAAAUAUGGUGUCUCAGAUGGCGAGAUAAGUGUGAUUGCCAAUGUUUGUCCCGAAACCACUGAUGAAGUUUUUGCUCUAGUACCAUCCUUGAAGACUACGAGAAGCGUGCUCAGCCAACCGCUCAAAGAAGUCUUAAGUGAGCUAACUAAGCUUAAACAGUCUACAUAAGAAAACUCUUAGAAGUGAUGAUGCCUGGUAAACUGAUGCAGGCUACUGGAUGCAAAUGGCACUCAUAUGGAGGGAUCUUGCUUUGUGUAGUAUCAAGGGUACGGCGGCAGCAUAACCUACUAUCCUCAUGUGACAUGUAUUAAUGGUCUUUGGGAAUUUUGUAUGACUUUCCUGGAACUGGAGACGCUGUGGAAUUUCCUUCUCCAUAGCUGCUCUCCUUUGACUGUUUCUUGAUAGUAGUUUUCUUCUAUGUUUUGCAUGACGAAUGUGAAUUUUACUGGAUGGUAUGUUGAGUUUAACAUCAAUAGAAGUAGAGAGAUGUCUUCUUCUUUUUUU